AUGCUGCUCGUGCCCGUGCUCAACGUCGCCGACACCACCCUCGGGUACGCCUUUCUUAAGGGCGUUACGGGCGCGUCCAUGCCGACCGCCGCGGGCGACACGCCUGACGCCCCGCCGCACUUUAUUGCCGGUAGGUUCUCGUUUGAUGCUCGCCGCCGCGACUUCCUCAUGGUCGUCAACUCGAUGAGCCCGCACGUGACAGGCCUCAUGUCCAUCCGCAUGCGCGACGACCACCGCGCGCGCGACCGCUGCUUCUUCGCCAUCCCCAAGGCCGACUACGGCCCGGGCAACCUGCCCGGCCGCGCACUCAGCGUCCAGUGCCAGGUCGACUACCUCGUCGACGGAGACGACUCCGACAUCCCCGCCACCCCGCCCUACGAGUACGACCCCAACGCGGAAUACGGCGACCAAGAUCGCCCGCCUGCGGAGGACGAAAUCUGUAGCGGCAUGACUUGGGACAACCACGAGACUCCCAACCAUAUUGCUGAUCCGCCCGACGUCGAGAGGGAUUUUGCCCACCAGGCCGACUAUGAUGAUGAUGACGACCCCACUUCCGACGUCCUGUUGGACCAGGUCGUCCCGGGUAUGCCCAACAUCUCCGCCGACCUUUUCCUCCCACAGCACCAGGCCGAGCCGCUGCCCGAGUCGUGGGCGGACGGAUUGGACGCCAUGGGCGCCGUCAUCUCCCCGUUUGAAGAUCCAAACGGCGUCAUCCCAGAGCUCCUCAACGACUUUGUCGUCAAGGGCGGCGCCUUUCCCGACGACGAUGACGUCAAUCCCAUUUUUUCAGACGACGAGGACAUUCUCUCCGGCAUCAACUCCAUCAUGCCCGAGAGCCCCGACCCCGCCCACGAAUACCGAAAACAAAACCCCACUACCGGCCACAAGCGCCGCCCAGAUGUCCUCGACCAACUCGCCUUGUCGUCCCCGGUCAACUCCUCCUCCACAACCUCCAACGGCACCGAUUUCUCGUUCCACACCGCCUUGCCCGCCUCCGAGUUGAGCUGGAUCCUGUCCUCGGCGGGCUCCACCCCAGACGGUGUCGGCGUCCCCCGAGUCCCCGGCGCUAACGACACCUCGUCCGGCUCGUUCAACAUGAACUCGCUCGUCGACUCGCUGGCCACCAUUGAGAAGUCCCUCAAGGGAAGCUUCUACGGGCCCAAGGUCCGUAAGGACGUUCUUCACCCACUCACAGGGGAGCUCGUGUCCCGCUGCACCGGCAAAGUCCGCGCCAGCAUCGACAACGUCGACGCCUCAAGUCUCUUCCACUUGCGCAAAAUUGCCGCCCAGACCUACUACUCGUCCGUCCUCAGCGUCGCCCCCGACGCGCGCCUCCUACCCCUGUCCCUUGCCUCGCGCCCGUUCAUCUCAGCCCCGACCACGUCGACCAAUCUCAGGCAACCCACCGAUGAACCGAGACGAAAACAGGGACGCACCGAGCCGCAACACCGCCCCGCGCCCGCGCCCCUGGCCCCGAGGCCCGUCGUCACCAUCUCCCUGCCCCCGGGCUUGCCGCAUCCAGAGGUGCUGCAGCUGCCGGAGCCCAUCGCCUCCACCACGAUCCCGCCGGCCCCGACAGACGAAAAGUCGGCGCGGGAGGCCAAGCUUGAAGCGAAGCGGAUAAAGAACCGUCUCAGCGCGGCUAGGAGCAACCAGAAGCGACGCGCGCAGCUAGAGGCGCAGAAGCAAGAACUCGCGGAGCUGCGCGAACGCGUGCAGGAGCUCAAGUGGAGAGAAACUAAAGUCUCGGAGGAAAACGAGAUUCUGAAACGCCAGAUCCUUUCGGAGACAUGA